UAACCGAUGCCUGUACGAACAGUCUACCUCGGAAAACCCGAAACCCUUGUCUAUAAAAGCUGUACAAAAUUCGAAAAAUGAAUUCACAAAUCAUGUCUUGAAGUGAUUUCCAAUCAUCUCUGUUGUCAUUGUUCCACGAUGUAAGGAUGCAUUCUUCAUGCUGGUGAUACAAUCACGGUACUCGGGGUGCUACACAGAGUUCUUCACCCCUUGGGUUACCACAUGCAAGUAGCUUCUGAGAAUUUCCUUGGAACAAAUCAUAUCCGUGCUAUAGAAGAAGUCUCAAAAAAAGUUGAUGCGUAUGGAGUCAUGCUUCAGCAGAGUGCUGAAGAAUGCGAAGGCGAAGGGGUUGAUAUUGAAGUCAAGAUUACUGUUGGAACUCCAAUGAGAACGGUUAUUGUACAAGAAGUUGCAACUUCGAAUGAAAACUGGGUUAUACUUGAUAGGCAUCUAAGACGGGAAUGGAGGUUUUACCUUAAAUACAUAGCUUGCAAGGUUGCACUAGUCCUUGACAACUUAUCCGUAGAAGUUCUGAGAUCAGAUUAUUCUGACCAGGAUUUUGAUGAUUUUGAAGCUAAGCUGUUUUACUCACCAUCCAAGCCUAUUGCGCUCCCAUCUGCUCAAGACAACGAUAAUAAUGAACAAACUUCCAUGUCUAUCAACUACAAUACUUCUAUGGGUUCACUGGAAAGUUCUGAUAUGGCUAAGAGCAACUCAUUUACCUCCAACUUCAAGCAGUACAGCUUUUCCUCGCAAGACGAAUUUGGUUCAAAUUUUAAACCACAUGAAUCAGGUAGCUAUGCUAAAUGCGAAAAUCAAUAUACUGUUACUUCCCCAAUUAUUCAAAAACAACAAGGAAAGCCUAGUCGACAGAGAUCUUCUGAUGUGCCCAUUCUCUGUAUUUCUUGUGAGAUAACGAUGGAGUUAUAUUUAAAGAGAUAUAGUUAUUCCGAGAUACAGCUUGCAACAAACGAUUUUUCACCUGAUAAUUUACUGGGAGAAGGUCGGUAUGGUCAUGUAUAUAAAGGUCGGCUUAAGGAUGGGCAGCUUAUUGCUACAAAGGUGCGUAAAGAAGCAAGUAGACAAGGUUUUUCAGAAUUUCAUUCCGAAGUAUAUGUCCUAAGCUUUGCACGCCACAAGAACAUUGUGAUGCUUCUUGGUUAUUUCUGCAGCAAAAACCUUAACAUCUUGGUCUAUGAGUAUAUCUGUAACAAAUCACUGGAGUGGCAUUUAUUUGAAAACACAGAUUGUGUUCUUGAAUGGCACCGAAGACAUGCUAUUCCAUUGGAACCUGCAAAGGGAUUGCGGUUUCUGCAUGAAGAAUGUCGAGGAAAUCCCAUCAUUCACCGGGACAUCCGGCCGAGCAAUAUAUUGCUGACACAUGAAUAUGUUCCUAUGCUGGGACACUUUGGCCUCGCAAAGUGGAAGACAAAUGAAGAAGAUAUACAGACGAGAGUUCUAGGCACUCUUGGAUAUCUUGCACCAGAGUACGCAGAGAAUGGCAUUGUUUCUGUAAGAGCUGAUGUUUAUUCCUUUGGCAUUGUUCUGAUUCAACUGAUAUCGGGACGUAAGGCAGUAGAUUCUACAAGAGAAGAUCAACAGUCCGUAAGGCUGUGGACACUAGCAUUGCACGAGCUUGUUGAUCCCCGUCUUGACAACUUGUAUAACACAUAUGAACUUUACCACAUGGCUAGAACAGCAUUCCUAUGCGUCCAAACUGAACCCGAGAUGCGCCCCUCAAUGGCAGAGGUUUUACACCUUCUCGAGGGGGAAAGUGAACAUUUCCACCAUUUGACAGAGCAAUUUAUACCUCAUGCAAGUGGUGCUACGAAGAGAAGCCGCACAUCGCCGCUGCGGCAGUUCCUAUGCAGUGGCAUAAUCACCGCUGUCACAAUGGUGCUGAGAAGAGAAAGUCGUGCACAACAACAUCAUGUUGUCGAAACAAUGUUGAGAAGAGAAAACUGCAGUGGUAAUAGAUCUGUUGGUGUUGGUAGUGAUGGUGGAUUUGGCGACGAUGGAGUGGAUGUAGGUGCUGGUUUUGGUGUUUGUAUGACAUUGGUGGUGGUGGUGGUUUUCAAAAUGGUGGAGGUGGAUAUGGAGGUGGCGGCGACGUUGUGUUGGGGUUGGGUUGUUGUGACUCGUUAUUUAGAUUGUGGCUAA